UCCCUGCGCUCAGUUCACACUCGGGCGCAGCGGCGUCGCGGUGGUCCUACUGCCGGGCGACUGGCUGUGUUUAUGUGUUUGUUUCCGUGCGGACUGGGACAGUGAGAACAAACACUAUGGGGGGCAUCAUUUCACGGUGGAAGGCGAAGCCCUCCACAGUGGACCGUCUGGAGGAGUUGGAUAAGGACAUUAAGGACCUUGAGGAGUUCCGUGCGAAGAACCAGCGUCUGCAGAAGUUAUGGGUGGGCCGCCUGCUCUUCUACUCUGCUGCCCUCUACCUGCUCACCUGUGUGGUUAUCUAUUACCUUUAUCUGCCUGAACAGUGGAGUGCCCGGCUCAUCACUGCGCUGCCUCUGAUCGCCUUUCCUGCACUGGUGUGGUUUGUGCGCAAGCUGCUUAUCUUCCUCUUUUCAAAACGCACAGAAAGAAACAAUGAAAAAUUAGAGGACUUAAAGACAGAGAAAAGAAAAAUCCUUGAAGAGGUGAUGGAAACAGAGACGUACAAAAAUGCAAAAUUAAUCCUGGAAAGAUUUGACCCUGAAGCAAAGAAGAAAGUGGAAACAGAAGCUACUCCUGUCCGACCUAAUAUGACUCCCAGGCCAGGACAAGAUCUACGACAACGUCAUGUUGCCAUGGCUACUCCAGGGCCCCAUCCUAUGGCCCCUGGAGCCACACCGCUUCGCGCAGCACCUGGGGGCCCUCCUGAGAAGGGUCUCGCUGCUUCAGCAACCAGCCCGGCAAUGGCCAGCACCAUGGACUCCCCACCACAGAUGAGGAGGCACGUCAGCCCCUAUUCACCAGCACCUGGAACAGGCAUGUAUCCCCCAGGUCCUCCUCUGGCUCGCCCCAUCCUCCCCCGAGAACGCAGUGCAGUGGACAGGGUCAUAGAGUAUCUGGUGGGAGACGGACCUCAGAACAGAUAUGCUCUGAUUUGUCAGCAGUGUUUCUCUCACAAUGGCAUGGCCCUAAGGGAGGAGUUUGAGUAUUUGUCCUUUCGUUGUGGGUAUUGCUACUUUAUGAACCCGGCGAGGAAAAUGCGGCCCCAAGCUCCCAGACUCCCAGAGUUCAGCUUUGAGCGCCGCCUUCGCUCAGAGUCUCCCGACCCACAGUCCUCAGCAGCCACAGACACGCCAGAGGACAGCGAUGCCCAUGAAGUGUCAAGGCAUCGUUCCCACUCCGCAGGUGCUACACCAUGGAGCAAAGUUCACAGUUUCAGGAGAAAUCGCGCAGAUGACAUGGAGCCCGUGGCCUCUGCUGACCACCAGGAGACAGGUUCUGACAAGGCGUCGCCCACAGAGGAGGGAGGCGAGGAUACGCACCCCUCCCAGUGUAGCCCUUCCCCUUCUGAGGAUGCCCAGCCUGAUAAUGAAGCAGAGAGUGCUCAGAGGAGAGAGCAGGAGGAGGCGGAGUCAAACUGAGUUCUCUGUUCACUUGGUGCUGGAACAUGUUGUUUUAAAUCUUUUGCAGUUUCGUUUAAUUUAUUUGCCAGGUUUAUAUUCUGCUGAAUUCAGUUUGCACUGUUUGUUUUUGCCAAGUUUUGUUUCCAGUUUUGCUUGUUCCUCUGUAAAUGCAAAGAUAACUAGAUCUGAGACACUCAUUAGAGCUCUGCCAACCACAGCACAGAGUUGUGCAUCACAUGUAAUGUUGUUUUACUAGCCAAUAAUGAGUGUAGCUUUGACAGGUCUAGAGAGGACAGACCAUAGACCUUAAUUGGUCUCAGUCUCAGCUUGCAGCUCAUCUACUUGCUCAUUUAAGGGUAGAUGCUGGUAUUUUUUCAGCCUGGAUCAUAUGGUUGAUUACCAUGGACAACAUUCAUGUGUUUCACUGUAUAUGGCACAGACUUAGAAUAUAAAGGGCCUUGUCAAAUUUCUGGGUAACACUUUACUGUAGGGCAGUAUUUAUAAGGCUACAUGGCAUCUAUAUACAGCCUUUGAUGACAACUGACAUGAUCAGCAAAAACAUUUAUAAAGACUUAUUCCAUAGUAUAGUAGCUGACAUUUUAACAUAACAUUUUUAUCAGUCAUUGGCUCAUCCAAGAUGCUUUCUGGGGCUAAAUAACAGAGUUUGUAGUUUGAUGUAUAUCACAGUGACAUAAUGCUGAAAAUAUGACAUGGCAUACAGUGUCCGGCUGAUUGAAUAAUGGUGGCAAUUAGAUAAAGCAAGCUUCAAUUUACUGUUUAAAAGAUUUAAGCCUUCUUAGGCAAUUCAUCAGCAUUGUGAUAUAUCAUAAUAUACACUAAGCUACAAAAUAGGGCAUGGAGAUGUGACAGUAUUUAUCAUCAUCAUGCUAAAUUACCUCACGAUUGUGGAUGUCGGUACUUCCCAACUGCAUGUUUAAUUACAAAGAGAGCAGAGUUAGAGCUGUUUAAUUGGUUUUAGUGUGUGAAAUACUGAAUACAAAUCAAUGAAUUUAUAGUUUUGAUAGUAUUUAAAUGUGACAUUACUUGUCUGAUCCAACUUAUCAGAAAAAAGAAAUAUCAAAAGAUCAUAAGUAACAUAUCUUUAAUAUUUAUGUGGGUUAUGUGUCAUGUUGUCUUAUGAACGCUACCCUAUAGUAAAGUGUUGCCGGAUACCAUAAAGCUAAGGUAUUAAAGUUUAUGAACAUGGUUUGUUAUAAUGUGUUAAGGUAGUCGAUACAAUAACAUGCUUUCUUUGACAUAGACUUCCAAACUUGGCUUUUUAAUAGAAGCUGGAUCUAAUUUAGUGUUUUGUUUACAUUUGUGUGCAACACAAACAAGCUAUAUUGAUCAGCUGUUUUCUUUUCAUAAGAGCAUGAGGUAUUUUCAGUAGGAGCGAGACAGUUUGUCAGUUGCACUAUUUUAUUUAAGUUUUAGACUUUUAGUUGAUUGGUGUUAUAAUUGCUUUUAAGUGUAAUUUCUGUGUGUGUUUUAAGCUGCUUGGUGCCUUUCUGGGAAAAGAAAUGAGUAUUACUGGGACUCAAAGCCCAGCAUUGUAUCACGAGAGGGUGUGACUCCAAAGCCGGAUUCAGUUACCAUGGCUGCAGCAGCAGAAACUUCUGAGAAACAGAUAAAGUAACAGUGCACCAAAUAAAAUGCACAACAAGUGUGUUUACCACGCUCUCAAUGACUAAGCCAAAUCUAGCUCUGGUGGUUUUUCAGCAAUUCAUGGUUGAGAUUGUCUGGCUUUAGUAGUUAAUCCCCGUAAGAAAAUGUAUACACCACUUUAAUCAAAACUACAGUUGUAGUUAUUUUGCUCCUGGGGGUCCUCUUAGGUGCAUUAGUCUAAUAACUCUGGCUGACUCCAGUAGCUGAUAACAAAUGACGGAACGGAUGAUAAUUAUAGUCAUAAAUAAUUAUGAAUAAAGUCACAUUAGUUAUAUUAUGGUAUGGUCACACCAUCGUACAGGUCAGUUAAUACUGCAUAAUCACUUUAUCUGCUAGACAGCUGUUUCUGGUUUGUUCUGUCCGGGUGUCUCUCUGUGCAUGUCAGCUGUGUUUACACUAGGAUAGGUGCGAUUGUGCAUGGCAUAUCCAAUAAAGGUUCUUUUUUCUAAA